AUGAUGCAGAAGCGUGGGGACAACAUCAUCGCCAACGCUACUCCCUUCCUGGCGAGGACGACGACAAGCGGGGCCCAAUCUGCUGUUUCGUCAUCUCCGUCACCUAGCGUUGCCGUGGGUACCAGCAGCUCCGCUGAUCGCAAGAAACAAUGCGCAAGCAGUGCUCCGCACACUCUCGGCGCUGCAGCGUCGCCGCGUGUGUCGUCAGCUGACGCGUCAGCCAUGCUGGUGACAGCGAUAGCACAGUAUGUGCAACAUCGUCUCACAGUGCCCGCUGCCAUCGACGACGCAGCUGUCGACGAGUUGCACUCGAUUGAGAAGAGCGGCGCUAGAAAGAAGCUCUCAUCCCCUUCAACCAGCGGGGCAGCUUGCAGCACGGCAUUGCAGCGAGUCGGUGACAGUGAUGGCGACGUGAACGCGGUUCACCUUGUCGCCUGCACGCAGCAGGUGGAGGCCUAUCUGCUGCGCUGUCUCCUGCACGUGGAGCUCACGCCAGGUCGGCUGCCCAAUCAGCCUGAGGUCAUUGGCGAGGCCCUCGGUGCCCCGAGCGCCGCCACAGCAGUAGGAACGAUGGAGGCGAGUCCGCAAGUACAUAGAGCAGCGCGGCGGGUGGUAACGACGACGAGCCAAGCCGCCAGCGCGGAAGACGAACAGUCUCCACCGCCCCGACACCCUGCCGCGUCGAUAGUGGGUGACAAAAACAGCUGGAGGGGGAACACCGAGGCCCGUAGUCGCAGCCAGAGGAGUUCUGUCUCCGCCGCCGCAGAGGCCUCCUCAUCUCCGCGUGUUCGCACGUCCAGCGGCGGCACCAAGGCAAAGGAACUGUACUACACGUACACCAACCAGGGUAUGCCCCCACCCCAACCGCGCCCGCGUGGCGGCAACCCUGCCGCUGUCGCAUCGACGCCACCAACGCGCUUGCCAAGCCGCAGCAACAGCGCUGCGGCGAUAGAUACCACGAAGAAUGCAGCUGUCACGUUGCCGCCUCCAGCGGAUAAUUCAGAGGGCGCUCCUCCUGCGCACGCCAGAGGGCGCUCCGCCUUCCCAUGCACCCGUGGCGGCGCUGUCCGCCCGCUGCACCCAACCGAAAUACGCGCUGCUCUGUGCUCGUGGCCGUCUCGCAUCGCGCAGUACGUCCUCGCGACAACUUUCGCCGAGCAAGAACUGCGGAGCGCCGCGGCCGACGCAGGUGGCGGGGCCGACGUUGACGCGCCUGCAGCGCAUGGGGCCGCUAGAAGUGAUGCACCGGCGAGUCAUGCGCACGAGGAGGGUAGUGCUUCUGCCACUGCGUCUUCCCGAGUCGCUGAGGGGGUCGAGGACGAGGCGGGCGUCGUCAUCGACGUCCUUUUACGGCGUCUGUGCGAUAUGCUGCAACACACCCGUCUGGCUGCGGACAUGGGCGAUGCUGGUGCUGGACAGCCGCCCUCCAUAGACUUCCCGUCAUUUGCACGCUUUUAUCUCGCAGACGGCGAUGCAGGCAAUAUCGUCAGCGACAGUGAUACCGAUGAGCACGCGCCGCGUCAGCGCUUCGGAAAAGGUGGGGACGUUCAUCUGUACAUCAUGCAGCUUGCCCAAGUGCUCCUCUCCGUCCUCACCCCGGGCGGCGCAGGCGCAAGUGGUUUCGCGCGCCAAGAUGAAGUGGACUCGAUGGGGGGGCUUGCGUUAUCAGGGGAUAUCGCCACCGACAUUGGUAUGCUCCUAAAGCACACGCCCCUCAUCACGGCACCAAGGCACCCUUCCGAGUUGCCUGCACGUACGCCGGCGCUCGGCAUUGCCGACAUCAACGCCGCAACACCCCUCGUGACGGCAAGAGGCGCUCUAUGGCGUGCGCUGCGCUCUCUGCUGAACUUCUCCCCUUCGUCCUCGCAUAACCCCACGAUGUGCACGACGCCUCUUGUCGUGGGCCUUGUCCGCCGCUACACCUCUGGCCGAUCCGACGGCAGCAGCAGCGGCAGCGGUGGUGGCGGCGACGGUCUUCGUGUUCGCUUCCUUCCAGUGGCGGAUCUUAUCCGGCCCGCAGGGGUCACAACGACCGCCGCGGCCGCGCCUGCGUCCGACGACGGCCUGCGCGACCGUCAAGACGCCGCGCACGACCCUCUCCGCACGCCUAUCUUUUACACCGCUGUUUUUCUCGAGGUGGCCGGGGAGGACGUCCUCCACUCGACGGCCAACCACGAGGAUGCAGUGACGCUGGAAGAAGAGUCCACUUCCAAGGUGCGGUACGAGGCCGAUGUGCCGGAGGUGUACCGCGAUCGUCAUCGGCGUCGCAUGGAGGCCCAGAAUCGCCGCGGCGUCCACUACAGCAGCAGCGCCACGCACGGAGGGGGUGUCGUACGAGGCGGUCGAAGCAACGUUAACGGCGAUGCUGGCGCUCCGGCGUCGGCAACGAAUGGCCUCGAAGACGCGACGGCGCUGUCGGCUCGCGACCGCUGUCUCUCGCGUCGCGAGUGUGCAUUGUGGGAGAAGCUGCUGGCACUUGCGCACUUCGUGCACGUCUCUGGCACACCUGCAGAGGUGGAGACGACGGCGCGGUACGUCACGCUGGUCAUUCGGCGCCGGCGCGGAGCACGCCAGCAGUCACAGCGCAACCCGCUGCAGGCGUCCAGUGCCAAUGCGACACCAGUAUCGAUUGCCGAGAGCGCCGCCUUGCCUUCCGUGCCGGCCUUCUUCUUUACGCUGACAGAGACCUCAGCACUGCGGUCCGCCGCCGCUGCGGCCGCCGAGGCUCGUCAGGCACUCUUCUGUAACGACCAGGACGACAGUGACGACCAUGACGUAGUGCCUUUCGAUGCUUUGCAGGGUGCUCUCAGGGAAACAGGCAGCGCUUCGUCGACUGCCGCCGCCGCUGGGCGAUCGAAUUUCUUCGGAAGCUCUGGGCGUGGGCUGCGAGCCCUGCUUGGUUGGGGCAAAGGCGCUGCCACAGCGCCGCCGGAUCAGCCUGUCUCGCCAAGCUCCAGCCUGCGAGACCGCAACACUGAUAGCGGUAUCCGGGCACGGCCGCGGCGUGAGGCGGGCGGGCCUCCGUGCCGUGCACCACCCGCAGAGCCGCCUCCCCCGGCAGUGCAGGACGAGUCGACAGAGGUGCUCAUCAUAGACUGGAUGCAUGACGCGCUGAUCCCCCUGUUUUUCGAGACGACCGUAUCCGGGAGCGUUGCGCCUCACCAAGGCUCAGCGGCGCCCGCCAAACCGUCGGAAGGCAACGAGCAUGACGACAGCCAUGACGAUGAGUCCGCUGUCGCCGCCACGGCGGGACGUCGACGAGCGCCCUACCACUUGCGCAGCCAGCGCGUCUUGCUCGGUCGCGUGCAGGCGGUGACGCCGUCUAUGGUGUACGGAAGCUUCAUCACAACCGCAAGCAGCGCCACCGUGGCGCUGGCGUGCGACAUGGAUGCAGUCAUGGAGGCCGUGGUGCGGGACGGCAUGUUCGACGCUAAUCUUCUCCCCUACUUGCUACUGAACCAGCUCUUCUUUGCUACCGAUGGCUCUUCGGCGGAUGCGGCGCACGAUACGUUCAACUCGCCACCCUCGCGGGCUCGCUCAGCUCCAGUGCCUGAGCGGACACCCGAACACCCGCGUUCAGCAGCGGCGGAGCAGCAGUCGUCGCAGCAAGCAGCUAUCCAAUCACAUGGACUGCGCCCGAUAUACUCUUUGCCGACGUCAGCGACAACAGCGGCGUCAGCUCACUCGCCGAAUGCGCAUGCUCGCCGUGUUAGUUUUCUGGAGAAUGCCUCGAUUUCUACACCGCUGCGGCUGGACACCAGACUUCCCGUCGCGGAGGGCGGCGCUGGAUCGCCGCUGCUGCGGCAGUCACCCAACACUCCGAGCGCCAUCUCGCCUGAGCGGUCCUCCUCGAUCGCCGGAUCACCACGCAGCAUCCUCAAGUCAGGGAGGCGGUACAAGCGGGAGAAGCUCAUCCGCAGCAGCGCGCCUGCCGCGUCCGUCGUGCCUUUUCGAAGUCUCUUCCUGUGGCGCUUGCUGGCAGCCGAGGUGCUGGGUAGUGGCGACCGGGCCCACGGCGCUUCGAAGCAGGAGCAGCAGCAGCAAAGUCUUGGUAAUAUCAGCGCUGUGUCCACCACUCUGUGCACUACCUCGGCGGCCUAUCUACGCUACACGCAAGCGUUGGCUGUGCGCGUCGCCUCGGACGUGGCGACAGGGAUACUGCUUGCGGGUCUGCUGGCAGAGCAGUACGCCUGCUACCGGCAGCUGCGAGGCCAUGAUGAUCAGACGCGCCGAGAUGACAGCUCAGCCGUCACGGAGCGCGACCACAGCAGCACCCAUCGCGGUGCGGCAGGCAGUGAGAAAGAGCACCACUCAAGCGACACCCCAGCGGAGGUGAACGCCGAAGCUGCGCGGUGGGGCGCGCUGCGGUGUGACGACCUUCUACCGCUGGCCAACAGCGCUGCACUGGCGUUUGCACGAGCAGCCCUUGCCCCAAUGCUGUGCUACGACGACGAUGCCCCUGCGCAUCUGGCCGGCGUUAUCACGGAGGUGAAGAGUGGCGUGGACUUCAGCGACGCAUGUGACGAGGACGAGUGCAAGCGCGAGCGGCGCGACAACCCCGGCAGCGACCAGAGCAGUGCGAGUGCCACGUCCUACGUAGACGGCCACCGAGGGCAGCGCGACGUGAGCAACGAUGGCGCGACGCCUCAUCACAGACGCGCUUCGGCGCCGCCCAUCAUCUCCCUCCUCUCCCCUAGCCUUCCUGCCGAUGUUCUGAAUCGCCUGCAGACGCUGUCCGUGGUGUGCUUGUUGCAUAUACGGCAGGAAGUGCUCGAGAGCAUCACGCGACCGUUGGAUGUAGUGAUGCGUCGCUUGACGUGGGCGCUGGCAAGACUCCACCUGCAUGCGCUCUGCCGGCCUCUUGAUGAUUUUCUGCGUCGUGGCAGCGCGCAGGGAGUGCACACAGAACAUCAGUUUUGGCAGGUUGUACGCGAGGUGCUUGACAUGUACGGGGAGUGUCUCAUGCUGCCCCAUCUGCUUGCUGACGCCGGUGCACCGCUGUUGGCGUCGGAAGCAGCAGUGAACAGACACGAAGGCGGUAGCAAGACAAACGCACGCGCGCACGAGGAGGAGCCGUCUGGUGUGUCGUCAGAAGAGGGGAAUGUCAUCUCACCGCUCACGCAACACCAAGCGAGCGCGACACCUCUGUCCUUCACUGCAGCGGUGCCUCUGACAACGAGAAUCGGUAUGGCUAUUCCAAAGCUGCGGUUGUCACGAGAGCAGCAAGACCACCACCACCAUCACCAGCAGCAGCAGCAGCAGCCUGUCGUCCGCAGCUCGCGGCGGGGCGGGGUUGGCUUUGUGCCCUUGUCCUUCAUUAACGCGAGCUUCGAUCCGGCUCACUCAUCCUCCCUCUUGCCCGCGCAGCGCACCGUCCUCCAGCCCACGCCCUCGCGGUGGUCUGUGACCCGCGCCCUCGGCGGCUGGAACCCCCACUCGGUCGACCCGGACGACUCGUACGACUUGCAAAGUUUUGCCUUCGACGGGCGCGCAAUGCGCCUGACAAGUGAUGCCGCCCAAGGCGCCGGCUGCCGCAGCAGCAGCAGCGCCGUGAACAGUGCCACCAACGACUUCGUCAAAGCAGCCACCUCAGCCUUGGGGCUACAGCGGUCGCCGCCAUUCGUGAGUCUGUGCACCCACGGCACCAUGACCGGCUCACAGGCGCGUGUGCCGCUCGAAGCGGGCACAGGGACCGACAUGGCCACGACUGCGCCAGUGCUGGGCAACCGCUUCAGUGGAAGCAGAACCAGCGGUAACGCCAACAGCAUGGUUGCCUCCAACAGUCGCCUCUGCCAGCUGGUCUCCAAGCACGGCUUCGAAGCCGCGCUGGAGCUUCACCACGGCUGUGCCGGCGACGCGUCGUGUGACGUCGACGCAGCAUUGCCACUGCUCCUGCUCCACACGCCACCAAGGGCGAUGGAGGUCCCUGCGGUCGCCGCACCGGACACAGCCGAGAGUAGAAACCUGGGGCGGUCGCCCUCAGGAAUCUUCGAUUUCAUCGCUGUGGCAACCCCGCAUUGUGUCGCCACCGCGGCCGGAAGCGCCGCCGGUGGCUACGAAGGGUCGCCACUGUGUGCCAUCUCGUCCGGGAGCGACGCGUCUCAGCGGCGAGUGCAGCAAGCCCAGGUUUCAUCGCACGGGUCGAGCUUUCUCACGCCCACCUUCGCCGUCCCCCUCCUGCGCCGCCUGCAAACGGUGUCAACCAAGAGUGCAAGGGAUGGGAAGGACGCGGAGGAGGGUGAGGAGGGGCAGCCACGACAGUCUCCACGAACGACGCAGCAGCAGCCUCAGCGGAUGGCCCACCAAGGGCACACGCCCCUGGUGGGGGCCCGCGAAAGCGGCGAUGCGGUGACGGGAGCGCCCGCACGGCCGGCCGGGGCGUCGCCGCUUUCACCCGAGGGGGGCGCCGAAGUCGCCGCGAUGGCGUCAGGGACAUCGGUGAAGCGUCUUGUGGUGCAUGUGGGCCGCGGCGUUGCCGUUGAGAGUCCGCUGCUGAGCCCUUUUGUCACCGAGGCGAAGCGCAUGAUGGUGGAGACGCUGCUGCUGCGCUGGGUGCUGCCGUGGUGGGCUCAGCGCACACUCAACAUGGAGCAGGAGGUGCCGAUGAUGAGAGGGAAGGGAAGUGAUGACGCACAUGCAGGCGGCGCAACAGCCACAGACGGUGAAGCUGCGCCGAACUGGCCCGCCCAGCCUCUCAUGCAGAGAGGCUGCAGCGUCAGUCCACCCACAACCAGAUCGACCGUCUCCACAGCUCCCGCUGCCAGCUACGAGCGCCGAGACGGGUCAGCCAGGGCGUCGGCGGCGGCAGCGUCUCAGUUGACGAAGCAGAUGGCAGCACUGCAACGCGAAAACGCAGAGCUGCACGGCCGCCUUUGCAGCACACAACGCCUGCUCGCAGACAUUCAUCAAACAUGCAGUGGACUGCGCAUGGCUGCCCGACAGUAUGAGCAAGCCGUAGCACUUCAGAAGGAGGAGCGAGCACCGACGGCGGCGGCAUCCACAACAGCUGUGACGGAUAGUAGCUUGUCCCUUGCGGAUGGUACUGACACUUUGGCCUCACCGCAGCAGCUGGACUUGAUCUCCCCAUCGCCGCUUUCCUCGACGCCGCAGGUGGUACCUGGAAAGGGUGACGUGGGCGUCGGGAGCCCACGCGACGACGCGACACCGGAGAAGAUGAUGGCGACCGACUCUGCGGCCUCCCCGCUCGAGAGCUUUUCGGUCACCUUGCCGCUUGCUGAUAGUGUUCCGCCGCAGCUCCUGUACUUUGCACAAACCGAGGAGGGCCGUGAGCGAGUUGCGGAGCUGUGCCAGCGCAUCAUUGUGCUGCUCAGUGGCGCUGCUAACGUAGACGACAACAAAGACAACGCAAAGAGCUCGCCGCCCUCGGUAAUCGCAUACGGCAGUGACCUGCCCUCUCGACUCCCGUCGUCCACGUCGCACUCGUUCCUGUUGCACUCUCUCAGCCAAGGCAUGCAGGGCUCCCCAUGUCUGUCGUCACCGGAGACGACGUCAGUGGAGCUGGCUGCCACUGCCGUGUUGUGCAGUGACUGCAGCGUACGGCGCCGGCACUCCGUCGUCAGCCACGGGCCGUCGCAGCUGUUCUCGCCGUUGCAGCCGCAGUCUUUCCGCCGCACCAGCACCGCCCUCACCCUCAUGUCCCUUGCGCCUGCUGGGGCGCUGGCUAUGAGCAACACAAUCGCCGCUGAGACACCUUGCUCGACGCCGACGCCGAUUGCCGUGCUGAUUCUUGGGGCUUCAAGUGACCCCAGCACUGGAAGCUCGCCGGCGCGGCUCUCGCGACAGAGCUCCUGGCAGCAGCAGCACAUGCGGCCGCUUCCGCCGUCGUCGCCCUCUGCGCAAUCAUCACCACCGUCGGUAGCGUCGCAGCAUGUCGCCGGCCCGGCCUUCAGCAGCGCGGACGUGGAUGUGCAAAGGACUAUACUGUCAGCCUAUCCAACAGCGGCGCCGUCGCAUGUUUCCCCCGUGCCGCUCACCCCAAAGGGCGCAUCACCGCUCCCUAGGAGAGCUCCUCUGUGGAAUCAGGCGACGCCAGUGACACCGGUGCGGCACACUCCGCCGCAGCUGCGCAUUGGUUCAGCUGAUGACGUGGAGCCAGACGCACACACGUCGGAUGAACAGCAGCACAGCAGGACGAGCUGUUUUGCGGCGCCCAGCGCGGGCUCGGUGGGCUUGCACGACACGCAAGUGGGCACGCCCUACCACGAUCUCCACCAACACCACGGCAGACACGGCGAAAACGGCAACGGCAACCGCGACGACCGCCAAGCGCCGCCUUCAACGCUUUCGUCACCGUCAGUGCACUCGUCAAACUUUGCGCGGCAGACGUCUUCCGUUCUGGAGUCACGAGGAUCCGAUGUUUUAUCCUCCCCGAUGCCGCCACCGCUGUCGCCGCCAUCACCAUCAUCGUCGAAGAUGUUCUCUGAGGCGUCCUCCGAGCCGCCCUUCGAGGUAAACAGUCGGUCCUACGAGAAUGGCUCGGCGGUCACAACGACUAUCGUGCACACCGACACACAACAUGCCGUUCUUAUACGCGAAGACGACUCUGACAUGCAAGACAGCGCCGCCGCCGCGUCGGCGGCGGGGAGCGAUGGAGGCUUCGAAGCACCCAAAGAUGAUGAAGGUGACGUGGUUGGGGCCGUUGCUAUGGCUGUGGGUGGUGCGAAACUCACAGAGAAGCACGUUGAAGUCGCAGAGGACGCGUCGUGUACUGAUCAUGAAGACAACCUCUCGGAGCAGCCGGCCGUACUGCAGCAGACGGUUGAGGCGCCAGACCUGCAGCCAUCCCUUUGCGACAUCUCCUUGCCACUCCCUCGAGUGCUGCUGGCUGCCCCACUCCCACAGCCGUCGUGCCGGCGGUCGCCGGCAUCGCUAGGAUUUCGCCGAUCUCCCGAGGGCACCCUUUCCACAAGCCCUGUCACUCGCCGCGUGUCUGCCGGGACGCCGUCGUCGUCCAUCUUCUCCUCUUCCUCUCCUUCUCCGCCGACGGUGCAGUGUACCAACUCUGACGUGACCACGAACGGUGAGCGGCACGUCGCCGCCAGCGAUGACGAAACAGAGCACGCGAGCCACGAGAGUGACGGUGCAAGCUGUUGCGACGGCGUCUUGCCUGUCCAGCGUGCCAUUGCCAACGAUGCUGACGAAGCGUGUGAUGCGGCAGGGCAGGAACCGAUCUCGACUAAAGCGGCGGUACUGCCAACGUGUCGGCCUUCCUUGUCUACGCGUGAAGACGCCAACGGUAGCAGCCCUGCGUCGGCGUCAUCGACUGGGAGGGAGCAGGCAGCCCUGCAUGCACUGACCGCAGCCACGGUGUCGUCGUCGCCGUGGCGGGAGCGGGCACCGGUGCGGAACAGCGAGGCCGCCGUAACAGCAUUGGCAGAUUUGCAGCAACGCCUCUCCGGCUCGAACAGCGCCGUGGUUGAGCUGCGUCAGCAGCUGCAGCAGGUGGAGCAGGAGCUGCGCGAGAAGGCAAAAGCCAUGACAUGUCUCACGGAGCAGCUCACAGCUACCGAGGCAGCGCUGGGUGCCGCAUGGUAUGCAGCUACUGUGGCGGAGGAGAAGGCGCAGCAGCAACAACAGAGACUUUCCACGCCGUCGCCGCCGCCGCCGCCGCGUGCGUCUGUGGCCACCAGCACCGAGAAUCUGUUGCUCUCGCCCUCAGCGUUCUCGACGCUGUCGGACAACGAAAGGGCGAACAAGGUAGAUAGUAGAAGCGUCGCCAGCACUCCUGCCGCAGCAACGGUAGAGACGGUUGUUGGAGAGUCUAAAGCGGCCGCCGCACCUGCCGCAUCUAUUCCUGCUGCAACUCCGCCUCCGUCCUCAGCGGAUUCAUCGCCGCCGGCGCUGCGCGCGCAGCCUCUGUGCCGCGUUCACGAGCUCGAGGAUGAGCUACGCAACGCCAAUUUCCGCAUGGACCAGUGGCGAGCCCUGCUCGACGCCGAACGGCACGCCCACAUGGUGCAGGUGGACCAGCUCACGCGGCGGCUAGAGAGCGAGCAGCGACGAAGCGCACGUGCGAGUCGCAGUCGAAGUCGCAGCCUCUCGCCGCUUGUCAGCGGCGCUGGGCCCUUGCCAUGCGCAGAGCGCUCUGCGCGGGAUGAAGCCAGAGCAGCGCAACCACCAGCGCCACCGCCGUCACUCGAGUCCUUUCCGCCUCCAGCGGCGGAGGUGCCCCGGUCCAGCUUGACAACCGGCGACGGUGAACUGCCACCUGCCUCGCCGAGAGAGCAACAACGUAUCAACACCCUCAUGGAGCAGCUGCAUGUCGUGGAAGCGCGCGCGGCAGAGGAGCGCACCCAGCGCGUCGCAGCCGAGGAUGGUAUCAGAGUCCUUGAGCGUGAGCGGCGUGUGAUUCGGGAGCAGCUGGAGGCGCUAGAGAACGAGCGGGCUAUAGCGCAAGUGCAGCAGCGGCAGAAAGAGCACGAUUCGGAUCAGCGUGAAGCGGCCCUCCGUCGAGAAUUAGAGUCGCACGUGCAGACACUCACCGCCAUGCACGCGGCACAGGCAGGCAGCGAAGAGUUGCAGAGGCACUUGAAGGGGGAGCUCGAUGUCGAGCGCCGCGCUCGAGCUGCAGCAGCUGACUCAGCAGCCGCACAUAUGGCUACACGAGAUCGCCUUAUGCGCGACGGUGAAGAGGCUCAGCAGCAGUUGCGUUGUGAGCGCGACAGGGCCCUUCAGCGAGAGAAGGAAGCACUGGCGCACGCCGCAGCUGAGGCGCAGGCCGCGCAGUUGCAAAUCGCCGCCCUGCGACAGCGCGUCGAGUCCACAACGGACCAGCUGCGCACUGCAGAGGCAGACAGCAGGGAACACCGGCACCGCUGCAUCGUCGCCGAGACGCUAGCGGCAGCGCGGGAGUCGGCUCAAAAGGCGCUGGAGGAUCGAGUGAUGGUGCUGGAGGAAGAGCUAUCCAGCGCCCGCGCUGCUCGCAAACAGUGGCAGCAGGACACCGAUGAGCGCGAACGCGCCUUGCGCCACCAGUACGAGGAGGCUGCCGCGAGCGCCAGCGCCGCGAUGGAGGCACAGCGCCGGGCAAACAGCGAGCAGCUGCAGCGCUCCGAGGACGCGCUACACGCCAUGCAACGUGCGCAAGCAGUCAGAGACGAAGGUCACAGAACCGCUUUCGAAGACGUCACUCGCAAGCUUGCGGACGCUGAGCAGGCUGCCCAUCUUGCCCUGGAUGAUCUGUACCGCGAGCGGGAGACUCGCGAGCGCACGGCCGCCGCUCUGCAGGAGGCUCAGUCGGAGAAGGAGGAGCUGCACCGACGUUUCGAGGCCGUACUGGAAAAGCUACAUCUCGCGGAGCUCGACGCUGAUGAGCACUCCCGACAACGAGACUGCAUAGAAGCGUUGAAACUGGAGCUGGAGGCAGCGCGUACACAACAGCAAGAAGCCGCGGCGAAGGCUGAGGAUGCUUUCCGUCGAGAGGUGGAGACGCAUAUGCGCACCAUAGCCGCGUUACAGGAGGGCAGGUCUGCCCAUGAUGAGCUUCGGCGGCGCUUAGAGGAAGAGUUGCAGUCCGAGAAGCUGGCGCGGGCCGCCGACACAGCAGCGCACAAGGCGGCGCUUGUGAGUGCUCAAGGUCAAGUGAGCCAAGCCGAGCAGCGAGCUCAAGACAUUGCCGACGCUCUUCGACGCGAAGAGGAGGCACAUGCACGCACGCUUGCCGCGAUGCAGGCCGCGGAGGAGGCCAACAGACAGCUCCGGCGCGCGCGGGCAGCUCAGGAGACGCACGCACAGCAACGCGCACGAAGCUGGUUGUCAGCGCGCGAGGCGUGCUUAUUGAAGUGGAUCGAAGCAAAGACACUGCUGAUGGUGGACGCGUGGGGCAUCGUCGGCGCGGAGCGGCAGCCGCAGCAGACGCCUUCGCUCGCGUCCCCGUCGCCGACUGCUGCUGGCACCCCUCCGGCGAGGUUGGAACGAACAAGCGAGAGAAGAAGCCGAGGCCGGGGAAAGCGUCACGGUCGUCCACCCCCUGCGCCAGACGCCGUUGCCCCCGUGCAGGCCGCGCGUGCUGGGCCGAGAGCACAGCCGGAGAUGGUAGUGGUCUCUGUCGACGACCCGCUUGGGCUUCGCUAUGAGCUGCAGUGCAAGGCACGCCACAUCGCCAGCCUUGAGGAACGCGUUCACCAGCUUGAGGAGGUCCACGCCGUAGACCAGCAGGUGGUAUCGACCCUGCAGAAGCUGGUGGCGCAAGAAGAAAUGCGCAACGGGAACGGGAUCGCAGCCGCCGCACGUCUGCCCCCACCUCCGCCUCCACUGCCCAUGACCACGGCGUCGUGGUCAUCCCGGUCACCGCUGCGAACGCCAUCGCGAGCGUGGCCGGCACGCGACCCGACGCUGAUGGAAGGCCACAGAAGCCCCACCGCCCUCCUGUGGGACCCCCACCCCGGCAGCCACAGCAGCGCGACAAGUCCGCCAGGCACCACGGAGCGAAAGCGGCUGGCACCCAACGAGUACCGGCAGCGCUACACCUCGCUUUGA